UUCACAUCUGAUUCUGUUGUAGGUUCAUCUGAGACGCUUGAAAGACAGUACACGGACUUUCUUGAGACAGCUUUAAAGGAAGGUCGACGACCACAGUGAAGUCUACACAUACAUGGAAUACCAAAUGAACGUGUUUGUGAACUAACCUAUCGCAUCAUGUUAAUACCUCAUGCGGAUGAGCCACAGAAGAAAAAGUGAUACAUAAUUCUCAUCGGAUUACAGAUCGGAGUAGCUCUUUAUCACUCAGCUGAUACAGGGUAAUAUAUCGUGGUCGUAAAUAUUUGUGUUGAGGCCAUUUAUGAGACACUCUUUUCUCAUAUGUAAAUGGAGUUCAGUUUUAUUUCAGUAGUUUGAAAAAGUUUACGUGUGAAUAAUUGAUUCAUAAAUACUUUCCUGGAGGAAAAUACUUCCUAUUUCGAGGACAUUGCAAAAGACCAAGAUGGCAGGAAUUACCCUUAAUCCUCCGUUGCCAAGCCAUCCUGGCGACAUGAAUAUAACUUACAUACUAUCCACUGGUACGGAAGGGGAGACGGGACAUAACAUCUCCCUUGACUCUGAAACAAAUCCUCAGUCGGACUACGUUGAUCAGUGCACAGCUAAGGUACUGCCUCACCUUGACCUUACCCAAAUAACGUCAGUGGCGUUAACUAUAGUAGUGAUAUACAGCGUGAUUAUUUUCCUCGCCGUCACCGGCAACGUUCUGGUUAUAUGGACGGUUAUACGUAACAAAUACAUGCACACUGUGACUAACUACUACAUCGUUAACCUAGCGAUAUCGGAUUUGUUGGUGUCGUCGAUUGUCAUGCCGUUGAAGUUGAUGGAGUACACAGCUCCGUGUGAGUGGCACGUCUUCUCCAGUGAUACGCUGUGUUCAGUUCUUUCUUAUCUUCUCCCCAUCUUCGUUUUCACCAGCGUCCUCACCCUCGUUGCCAUCUCUUUGGAAAGGUAUUACGCUAUCGUGCAUCCUUUGUCCGCCAUGAAGAUCAACAGCAAGUCACGAACCCGGAAAAUUAUUGCUGCCACUUGGCUUAUCCCCAUUGUGCUAGCAUCUCCGUACCUCUAUUGUCGCAGCUACGCCUUCGCCAUUGGAAGCCGCCUCGGUCAAAUCUCCAGACAGAUAUGUGUUGACCGCUUCGACGACAUUGACGUCGCUAUGUAUGGAGAGGAAGCGUGGGGGACGGGCAGGUUCCGACAGGGCUUCUUCAUUUUCCUCUUCCUCGCUAUUUAUCUCAUCCCGAUGAUAACGAUUCUGGUAACCUGCAUCAUGAUCGCCAUUUGCCUGCUUCAACCAAUCUGCAUCAAACGGUCUCCCCAGCUGGGCCGGAAGGACGCACGGCGCAGGCACGAAGAGAAUAAACGGAAGGUUGCCCGGAUGGUCAUUGUCAUAGCAAUUGCUUUCAUCGUUGCCUGGUCGCCUCAGUACUGGGUCAGCAUCGUUAGUCAGAUCCAGGCCUCCUACAACAACGGCAGCAGCUUCCUCCACAAGAGCAACUUCCUCUUCACGAUGCUCAUGACCCAUCUCAGCGGCUUCCUCAACAGCUGCAUAAACCCCUUCAUCUACAGCAUCAUGAGCAAAAAGUUUCGGCGCAGCUUCAAGCAGAUCAUCGCCACGUUCCUCUGCUGCUGUGUCUCCAAGCAUAUCUUCCGUUACCAGGACAGCAUGAACGCUACGGCUUCUCACAGCUAUGCUCAAACCACACGACAAAGCAUGACGGAUGUUCGAGACACGCAUGACUGUCAUAUCAGCGAAGCGGCUUCUUCCGGCGGAAGUAGCAGUGGUGGCGCGAGCCAACAUGGCCGCGGUUCCGCUUCGAGCAGGAGGAGUAGGGAAACGAAACCAAAUCUUGAUAAAUCGGGCAAGAAGUCCACGGGAUUUGGUCGGUCGUGGACGGCGUAUUCCAAAGACAAUAAACCUGGUUAUAACAUAAUGUUGAAGUGUUUGAAAAAAGAACCAGUUCAGAAGAAAGACGCUGAAAAGAAUCAGAAAAGCUUAGAUAAAAAAGAACCUGUUUCUAAAAAGAUCACCGACUCUGAUACGGAUAAUGUUCAGUCAGACACGUGUCUUAUAGCUUCUGGAAGUUCAAAGACAUAUCGAUCUAAUGAAUUUCUUAAUGCACAUAUUGAUACGUGUUCGGAUUCUAUAGAUUCGGACGUAGAACUCGCUACAUCACGUGAUCAGAUCAAUGCCAUACGGGAAGAACACGAAAUGACCUUGAAACCCUCGAACGGCCAUUCUUGUGAAGGGGCGAAACACUCACAUUAUAUCCUAAACGGCAAAACAUCCAAUGGAAACUGUGUACGGUUAUAA